AUGCAACAUGAAAUCAAAGCUUUGAUCAAGAAUCAAACCUGGGAUGUAGUAAAUCUACCUAUUGGAAAGAAGCCUAUUGGGAACAAAUGGGUUUACAAAACCAAAUUUGAAUCAGAUGGCAGCCUUGACAGGCUUAGAGCAAGACUAGUUGCCAAAGGCAAUUCCCAACAAGAAGGAGUGGAUUUUCAGGACACCUUUGCUCUAGUGAUCAAAAUGACCACUGUGAGAACCUUUUUGGCUAUUGCUUCCAUGAGAAACUGGCACAUUCACCAGUUAGAUGUCAACAAUGCUUUCCUCCAUGGAGAUCUCUAG